UUCUUGAGCGUCGUGCCCUUACUGACUUCGUGACAGUGGGUUGUACGACGUCCUUCGUUUUUCUUAGGCUAACUUUCUCUUAUUCCUUGAUUUUAUCCCGAUUACUACCUUAGUCUCUUCCUGGACAAUCUCGGAUUAAAUAUCGUGUUGCCUUAAAUGAAUGAAAAAGACCCGGGAAUCGAGGAUGUCGGAAGACAAAAGAGCAAACGGGACUCCUACACUUGACGCAAACUCAAUUGAAUCGAAAAAGAGCGGCAAUCCCGCGUUAAAUCGAUGUAUGAUUAACAAAUGCAAAUAAACAAAUAGGUACUGACCUAAAAUCUUCUUGCAAGGUUGUUCGUGGUUAAUCGGUGUCCUACAUGUCGGGCAAUAACGGUUUGUUCGGAGCCAUAGAUCAAGACAAGGAGAGCAAAAUACAUGUUGGUUCGGACAAACUACCGGUUCCUUAACCUAGAAAAACAUGCCCAAUAACAUUAGGUUUACAAACUAGAGACCAGGUAAAAUCAUUACGCAUUGAUUAGUAUAAAGAAUGUACCUUUCCUAAGCAGAUCUGGCAGGAAAUCGGUAAAGUUAAUGACAAUGAAGUAUUAGUUACUCUGUUGGCAGACAUCUUUGCCAGAACAUGCGACUGCAGUUAUAACAAGUCAGCAACAGUAUCAACAAAUAAAUCUAGCCAACGUCAUGCGCACUAGGGGCUAGCAAUCCAAGAUGGCGGACAGUUUUGUGGAUUCUUGGCCUUGUAUUACUAUUUUUGCUUCUCUCCUAAAGCUGCUAUUUCUUCAUGCAUAUCGCUCUACUGACUUUGAAGUCCAUAGGAAUUGGCUAGCGAUAACGUACAGCCUUCCGAUAGACAAAUGGUACUACGAGAAAACCUCAGAGUUUACUCUCGACUAUCCGCCUUUAUUUGCAUGGUUUGAAUUCAUCAUGUCACAAGUUGCAGUAUACGUCGACCCAAAGAUGGUAGUAAUAAGCAGAAACAAAUAUGCAAGCACUAAAACCAUUGUAUUUCAAAGGGUUUCAGUCAUUGUAACUGACCUUGUAUUUAUAUAUGCAGUUAAAGAAUUCUGUACAUAUCUACAUAAAGCCAAAAAGGUUUCUUUCCCACCAUCUAAUAAAAUUAUUCUGGCACUGCUCCUUGUGUUCAACUUUGGUUUAUUGAUUGUGGAUCACAUUCACUUUCAAUACAAUGGUUUCUUGUUUGGCAUACUCUUGCUCUCCAUCACUAGGUUAUCAGAGGGGAAGAAUCUUGAGGGUGCUUUUCUGUUUGCAAUACUCCUGAAUUUCAAACACAUUUUUCUAUACAUCGCUCCUGCUUACUUUGUAUAUUUGCUGCGUACAUAYUGCUUUGUAACAAGUAGUGGAAAUCCAGAAAGGCRUGGAUUCCUUCUUGGCGUAAGUCUAUGGGAUUUCUCACCAGUUAGAUUGUUGAGGCUUGGCUUCUUUGUUAUCUCUGCUUUCCUUGUAUCAUUUGGRCCUUUCAUUGCACUUGGUCAACUACCACAAGUGCUAUCCAGACUAUUCCCUUUUAAAAGAGGUCUUUGUCAUUCAUACUGGGCACCUAACAUGUGGGCUCUUUAUAAUGUAUUUGAUAAAGCAUUAUUUAUAGUAGGUAGUAAGCUUGAGUUAAUACCUCAUUCCAACAUAUCUACCAAAGCGUCCAUGACAGGGGGUCUGGUGAGGCAAACACAACACCUUGUGUUGCCAUCUGUCCCACCACUGGCUACAGUUCUAUUAACACUGUUAUCAAUCCUGCCUGCUAUGGUUGGUACUUGGUUUAAACCUAGAGGUCCCAUGGGAUUCUUACAGUGUCUAGUGUUAUGCGGCUAUGGCUCAUUUCUCUUUGGGUGGCAUGUCCAUGAAAAGGCUAUCAUCAUGAUAAUCAUUCCCUUGUGCUUACUGGCAGUGCAGAACAAGUCAGAUGCUCGUGUUUUUUUAAUUCUAUCAACAGCAGGRCAUUUUUCUCUGUUUCCUUUGCUAUAUAAACCUCAAGAAAUGCCCAUCAAAAUCUGUCUCAUGAUGAUGUACACUAUCUUGGCAUUUUAUUCCCUUUGUCUUGUUCAUUGUGGCAAGUCAUCUGGGUCGUCUUCCUAUAAAGACAUCUUUACUCUACCUAUAAUUUCGUCCUUUGAAGCAGUAUACAUCUGUGGACUUGCAGUACUAGAAUUCUAUAACUCUAUCAUUCAUCCUUUCACUUCACUUGCAUCUAGACUUCCCUUUCUUCCCCUUUUACUAACAUCAGUCUACUGUUCUUUGGGCGUGGUCUGGUCCUGGUUACUCUUCUAUAGAAACKUUUUUAGUUAUAGUGAAAUUACGCUUGUCAAACAGACUUCGGUCGAUAUCAAGAAAAAGCCCAAGAAACACUAAAAAUUAUAUUAAAAUUAAAUCAUUAUUAAAAACCUAUUUCUAAACUCU